AAUAUUAAAAUCAAACUAUUAUUUAUACUUUUGGAUAAGUUGGACGAUAAGCAACACAGAAAAAGAAUCUAGUUCCAUUGAACAUCAAGAAAAAACAGAAAUGGAAAACAUCACAGCAAGUGAAAUUGCAGGUCUUGGAGUUGGAACAUUCUUAUUAUGUGCCACCAUUGCUGCACCUAAAAUUGAUUCCUUCAUCUCCUCUUCCCAAAGAAGUUCAUUAGGUAUGUGCAAACGAUGUGGAGACGUAAAAUUAAUAGCUUGUAAAAAAUGUAAAGGAUCCGGGUAUGUUAAACCGGGUGGGUUAUUUGGAUAUAGUAACCCAUUAGAUGAGGUAUUUCCGGGUCGAUUUGAAUCCAAUAUGAAGCCCAUUUCUUGUGUUAAUUGUAGAGCUAUGGGUCAUUUUGCCUGUCCACAAUGCUAUCAAGCUUCUUCUUCAUCUACUCAUCAAUCAUUAUAAUUUGGAAUGUUAUUUUUUAUUUAGUAAACUAUAGUUAUGUAUUUUGUCAAUAAUGUAAUGUAAUUAACUAUACUGUAUAGAAAUGUUGCAUUAAUUAGAAGUAUCGGGAUAAUGUAAUGUUAUUGAUUCGUUGGAGACUUCAAA